AUAUCCUGCAAUCUGUCGAAUAAUUGCAAAAAAACACUGGCAAUUUUUUUUUUCAAUUCCUUUAGGAUAGCAGUCCUCUAUUGAAUCAUAUCAUCAUAGCUCCAUUCCUUACAUUAUACUAUAACUUCACUAUAAUUUCACCACCUUAUUAAGGUUUACCAAUUACUUAAGCCAAGAGAGAUCUACAAUUUAUACCUUUUGAUCUCAUUGUCUUAUUUAAUAUAUACUACUUACCCCCACCAACCCCAAUUCAUAUAUCCAGUAUUCAUCAUCAGCUAAGUCAAUAUAGAUACCCCAUUCUAUAGAUAAUUGUCUAGGCUUAUAAUUAUAUUGGUCUGGAUCCAUAAUAACUUAAUAACCAGACCAAUUUGAAAUAUAACGAAUAGUUAAUUCAAACUUGCAUCACACUCCUUUGUUUUUUAAUCCAACGCAAACAUCAUUUUAUAAUAAUUAUUCAAAAUGGGUAGAAGAAAAAUUGAUAUUGAACCUUUGACUGACGAUAGAAAUAAAACCGUUACGUUUGUGAAACGUAAAGGUGGUUUAUUUAAGAAAGCUUAUGAACUAGCUGUAUUAUGUAAUGUUGAAAUUGCAGUAAUUAUCGUUGGUACAAAUGAUAAAAUUCAUGAAUUUUCUUCUGUAGAUUCAAAUCAAGUUAUCGAAGCUUAUAAAAGGAAAGUUAGAUUAAGAGAGAAAAUUGAAUCUAAAUCGCUUGCAACAUAUAAUGUCUACAAAAAUAAACAUCAUAUUCAUGAACCAUUGACAAGAAUAUCUGAUGGAAAACAAUUCCCAACUCAUAAUAGUACAGGUAUAGAUAGUCAUCAGGAAGAUGACGAUGAUAUAGAUGUCGAUGAUGAAGAUGAAGAUGAUGAAGACAAUGAAGAAGAAGAUACAGACUAUAAAUCUAAACCUACAAAGAGACAACGAACUUCUAAUGCAAGAUCUUCACAACCAAUUUCAAAUUCCAAUUCCAAUUCUAAUUCUAAUUCCAAAUCAAAUUCUAACCAUUCAAUACAAGUAACUCAACCAUCCACAUUCAAUAGAAGUAAUAUCUUUAGUUCCAAUUACAGAAAUUCAGAUGAUAAAUCAUCACCUUCCAGUAUUGGAUCAGGGAAUAUGCCUCAUGAUGGGAAACAUCAUAAACGUGAUGAUUCCACCACUAGUCAAAGACCCAUUUUAAGAGUUCAAAUACCUCAUGAUUACUCAUCUGCUGCAUCUAAUGAUAGUGCUAGAACAAUUACAGCAUUAGACACUCAUUUACAAUCCAAGAGUGCUAAUGAUUCUAAUAAUUUAACUUCUGAUUCAAGUAACAAUACUAACAAUAAUGAAAACAUUAACAAUAAUAAUACUCAUUCUGGAAAUCCUAUCCCCAAUAAUGCUGGUAUACUUCAUCACAACAGUAAUUAUGCACAUUCCAAUUUCUCAAAUGGUGUUGGAUUGCCAAAUAUAAAUACUGGUUCAAAGUACCCACUUUUUAAAUCUCCUGAUUCCAAAAGACCAACAUUACCAUUACCAAUCCAAUCCAAAUCACAAACGUCAUCACCAGCUAGUGCAACGGCACCAUCUUCAUUCCCUAUCCCAAGCUCAGGUUCUAGCGGAGCUCCUCAAGGUUCAACGAAUAAUAUAAAUAAUAACAGUAAUACAGCUACACCUUAUUCACCUUCGUAUACUUUACCCACUCCUACUUUGAAUCAAAUUCUAAGCCAACAACAAUAUGCAAAUCUUACAUCUCAACCACAAUCUCAACAGCAGCAUAUGGAUAAUACUAAAAUGCGUUUACCUAUUUAUAAUAAUGGUAAUAAUGGAAAUACACCUGGGAUAAUAACAGUUCCUAAUACUGCUAUACUGGGACCCAAUGUUAAUGGACCACCUACAGCUGGAGGAGCCGGAGAGCAAACUCCAAUGUUACCUUCCAGAUUUGCUGAGUUUUUAGCUUCACCUACUAUACUUUAUCCUCAUCAAGAAUGGCCAUCAAAUGGUACAGGUUAUACUCCUACCAAUACAAAUAUGUCAUUUUUUGGUAGUGGUAGUGGAUUUAGUGCGGGUGGUAAUGGUGUCACCCAAUUUCCACUUCCUGUUAAUGUUGGUAGAAUGAGAAUGGAUAGUGGUAGUGCUAGUGGUGGUGGAGUUGGAAUAUUACCAUCACCUACUACAUUCAUGAAUGAUAAUCAUGGACCACAAUUCCAUACCAUUAAUAAUCUAACACUGAAUCUACCACAGAGCCAAUCCAGUACGAGUCAAACCAGUGCAUUAGGAUCAAUGAACAAUAGUAAUAGUUCAAGUAAUGCCACUAGUGCCAGUGGAAGUUCAAAUAAUUUAGGUAGAACAGAUUCUGUAAAUAAAAGUAAAGGCAAGGAAGGUAAAGGUAAGAAGUAGAUGUUGUAUAUUAAUUCAUACUUUUAAAGUAUUGUAACAUUAUUAGAUGGGAAUUCAGUUCAAUGUAUAAUUUCUGAUGGGUUUAUGUUUAUUCAUGAUUAUUU